AUGUCGUCCAACGUUAUAACGAUAGACUCGGACACAGAUACCGAUGAUGAUAUCGAAAUUCUUGAGUUUAGAAAGAUUACUCAAGAUCUAAUAGAUAACCCACAAAAUCAAGAAACAAACACCAAUAAUAAUAAUGACGACAACGGCAAUAAAGUAUCAUCUUCAACAACCGCAGCAGACCACAAGACCGUGAAAAAGCUAGCUGAUAUUCAAUGUCCCAUAUGCUUUGACAAUGUUGAUGUAGCGACUGUGACUUCAUGCGGACACGUCUUUUGUUUAGAGUGCAUCGAGAUGAGUAUCAGUAGUUCACACGCCCGAGGGACGGUACGUAUGCCUCGUGGGAGAGGGUUAUGUCCAUUGUGCAGAAAAGUCGUUUCAUUCAAGGAUACUGUUGUGUUGAAGUUGAAGAAAUCAGAUCGAAAGUUUGUCCAAGUAAAGUAG